UCGGCCGCGUGGUAGGGGCAGAAUCGAGGAUGCCAGUCUUCCCCGGGCCACGGAUCCGGACAGGGUGUUUUCCGAUCGUUUUCGAUCUUACGCAACAACUUUUUUCACUCGGACGAUUUUCUUUCUGAUCCAAUUACUCGUGGACGCUGUUUCAAGUCAACUCGUUCAACCAUGUUACUCGAUGCAGUGUUGUGAACGUUGCCCGAACAUCUCGUGUACACGUGUGACGGACUGAGUCUUUCGGCUGGUUAUGGCAAACACUCGUGGUUAGGUGGUUACGAGGAGGAAAGAUGAAGACCGAAGUGGAGACAGACCCAGAGUGCACGGACAGUAUCCUCUGUUCGAACAACAACAAUAACACAACUACCAAUAACAACAACAACGUGACUAACAGCAAGAAGAUCGGUACCGGUAUUGGAAACAACGAAGGUCACGAUGGAAUGGAAAUGGAUUGCGGUGGUUGCGGCGAAAGCGUUCGCGAACGCACCGUCCUCUGUGUAGGGGGUCGUACCUGGCAUUCCAGGUGCCUCAAGUGUUGCGCCUGUGCGAGACCGUUGCACGAUCAACAUUCGUGUUUCCUCCGAGGGAUGAGACUUUAUUGCAGGCACGACUACGCCCUGACGUUCGGAGCAAAGUGUGCAAAGUGUGGACGUAGCGUCGGCGCGGGUGACUGGGUCAGAAGAGCCCGAGAGAGGGUUUAUCAUUUAGCCUGUUUCGCCUGCGACGCGUGUUCGCGACAAUUGUCAACGGGGGAGCAAUUCGCCCUUCUCGAUGCCCGGUUGCUCUGCAAGGCUCAUUAUCUGGACGUCGUCGAAGGGAACAACACUUCGUCCUCGGAGGACUGCGAUUCGGAACACGGAGGGAAGGGCAGCAAGACGAAAAGGGUCAGGACGACCUUCACCGAGGAACAACUUUCCGUUUUGCAAGCCAACUUUCAGUUGGACAGCAACCCCGACGGACAGGACCUCGAAAGGAUAGCACACGUCACGGGUCUCAGCAAAAGGGUCACGCAAGUCUGGUUCCAGAACUCGAGGGCCAGGCAAAAGAAACAUAGCGGCAAGAUUAAAACACAAAUGCACCAUUCGCCACCGAUGCAGCAUCAUCCAGGAGAGUUUUAUCCUUCUGGGGUGAACAUGGUGGGCGCCUAUUUGGGUGGAUAUCAGGGUGGUAGCGCAGGAAGCGAAAGUCCCGGAAGUCCGCUGACGCCGCUCACCCCUUUAACACCUUUAACACCCACGACGCCGAAUCACCUUCAACCCCAGUUCUGUCAUCAAACGGGACUAUGUUGUAACACUCGAAGAUAAAAGCAAGAUCCUAGAUUCUCAGGGAGGAAGCAAAUUUUUCAUUUGUUUACAAUGUUAGGUUUUUCAUUGUAUUUUUCUGGAGAAUCUCUUUGAAUUCUAGGACGAGAGUGAACGAACCGUGAGGUUCCUCUUUUUUGUACAUACCAAAAACUGUUUGGAAAAUAAGGAGCAAUGGUGAUAAUAUAAAUAGGAUAAUUUGAUUGGUGAGGAUUGUAGUUAAUGAAUAGACGAAGGUGAUUAUUUAUUGCGUUUCGAUUGUAAUAGUUCUUAGUUCGAAGUUCUUUGGAAAAUGAUGUUUUGUACGUUUUACGUAAGUGCAAUCGACGGACUUUAUUGGUGGUAUAUUUAUUGCGUGGAGAGUGCGUGAU